AUGUGGCAACUCGAGGUGCUAUUAACCGGGAUGGUGACAAACGCUGACUCAACCAAGAUAGUGAGGAAAUCACAAUCGCUAACGCGAGCCAUGAUCCCAGAACGUUACAGAACGCCGACUAGCAAAUACGUUUCAGUAACCGCGGAGCUAAUGCACGAGCACUGGAAGAAGAUUUGGGUCAUCACGUUGUGGCUCGCAGUCAACGUUUGCCUCUUCAUAUGGAAAUACAAAGAGUUCACCACAAGCCCUCUUUACAACGUCACCGGACGCUGCGUUUGCGCCGCCAAAGGAACCGCAGAAAUGCUCAAAUUCAACAUGGCUUUGAUCUUGGUCCCCGUUUUGAGAAGAACCCUAACGUUCCUGAGAUCCUCUUUCUUGAGCCACUUGAUCCCUUUCGACGACAACAUCAACUUCCACAAGUUGAUAGCGGUUUGGAUCGCUGUCAUUUCCUUCCUCCACACGGCACUACACAUGCUAUGCAACUACCCUAGGCUAAGCUCUUGCCCUCAUGACUUGUUCUCCGCGUACGCGGCAAAACUCUUGGGGCCCAAGCAACCGACCUAUUUAGGUUUAAUGCUAACCCCGGUUUCGGUCACAGGAGUUCUGAUGAUCUUCUUCAUGGGGAUAGCAUUCACGCUCGCCAUGCAUUACUUCAGAAGGAACAUAGUGAAAUUGCCUAAGCCGUUUAACGUUCUUGCUGGGUUUAAUGCGUUUUGGUAUGCGCAUCAUUUGCUGGUUAUUGCCUAUGCUCUUCUCAUUAUCCAUGGUUACAUUCUUAUCAUCGAGAAGCCUUGGUACCAAAAGACGACAUGGAUGUACGUGGCCGUGCCAAUGGUGUUUUACGCGAGCGAAAGACUAUUCUCACGAGUUCAAGAACACAACCAUCGUGUCCACAUUAUCAAGGCCAUUGUAUAUUCAGGAAAUGUUCUUGCACUCUAUAUGACAAAACCUCAAGGGUUCAAGUACAAAAGUGGCAUGUACAUGUUUGUCAAAUGCCCUGAUAUCUCAAAAUUCGAAUGGCAUCCAUUCUCCAUCACUUCUGCACCCGGAGAUGAAUAUUUGAGCGUUCACAUAAGAGCAUUGGGAGAUUGGACCGGUGAACUUAGGAACAGAUUUGCAGAGACAUGUGAGCCUCCUCAAACAUCGAAACCUACUCCAAAUAAUCUUGUUAGGAUGGAAACAAGAGCAAGAGGUGCAAAUCCUCACAUUGAAGAAUCACAAGUCUUAUUUCCAAGGAUUUUCAUCAAAGGACCAUAUGGUGCUCCGGCACAAAAUUAUGAGAAGUUCGAUAUCCUUUUGCUGGUCGGGCUAGGGAUCGGUGCGACCCCAUUCAUAAGCAUCCUAAAAGACAUGUUAAAUCAUCUCAAACCCGGUAUUCCAAAAGCCGGGCAAAAGUAUGAUGGAAGUGUAGGAGGUGAGAGCUUAGGAGGAUCUAGUGUAAAUGGAGGUAGGAAGUUUCCACAAAGAGCUUAUUUCUAUUGGGUGACAAGAGAGCAAGCUUCUUUCGAAUGGUUCAAAGGAGUUAUGGAUGAUAUCGCAGUCUACGACAAAACCAAUGUGAUAGAGAUGCAUAACUACUUAACAAGUAUGUACGAAGCAGGAGAUGCAAGAUCAGCUCUAAUCGCAAUGGUCCAGAAACUUCAACAUGCCAAAAACGGUGUUGACAUUGUCUCUGAGAGCCGAAUACGAACGCAUUUCGCAAGACCUAAUUGGAGGAAGGUUUUUUCUGAAUUGUCAAGCAAGCACGAAACUUCUCGCAUAGGUGUGUUCUACUGUGGAAGUCCCACGCUUGUCCGACCACUAAAAGCACUUUGUCAGGAGUUCAGUCUCGAGUCGUCCACUCGCUUUACUUUCCACAAAGAGAAUUUCUGA